AUGAAUGAUAUCAUACCACAAGCACGAGGCUUUCUAAGUACAUCACAACCGGAAAAGGCAUUGGAAAUUCUUACACCUCAUAUUGCUUCCAAUUCCUCAUCACCUGAAUUUCUAGCCAUUUUGGGUGAGACAUUGCUUGAGAAUAACGAGCUCAAACAAGCUUAUAAUGUGCUAAUACAGGCAUGCGAACUAGAUCCUGACGCAUCUUUGGGAGUUGAAAAGUUUUUAUACUUGGGACAAAUCAUUGGUGGUGCUGAUGGAUUAAACUAUAUCAAUACUGGAUUAAACAAAUUGAAUGAAAUUUUGGCCAAUAUAAAUGAAGGAAGUGUUGAUGAACAAGAAUUGGCAAAAAGUGUAUACAGAGAUGUCGACGAGUACAAAGCCUGGGUUAUUAAAAAGUUAAAUUCAGGUAUAUUUGCCAGCAUCGAGAUAUGGAUGACUGAUUUAUGUAUGGAGCCAGAAGCAGAAUCAAAAUGUAACGAAUUGAUCGAUUACAGCUUAUCAAUAGAUGCUGAAAAUCCUGAAUCAUUGUCGAUAUUAUCAUCAAUUAGAAUUUCUCAACAACGUCAACAAGAAGCAGUGGAAGCAUUGAACAAAUCAUGGGAAUUGUUCAAGUUGCAAAAGACAAAAUUGGAAGAUUUUGCCAAUACCAAGGAGACAAAAGAAGGGGGUAGCGGUAAUGGGGAGGAUGCAUUUGAAGUGGGUUUGGAAUAUGUGGAAUUGAUUCAACCUUUAGUUACAUUAUCUCGAUACGCAAUCGAAUUGGAACAAUAUGAUACUGCCAUUGAUAUCGCUUCUAAUAUCCAAGAUAUAAACGAUUCGAUCUUAGAUGCAUUUUACAUUGAAGCGUUGGCCAACUUAUUUAAAGCUAAACAAAUGUCAACUGCCAAAAUAGCAACAAACAGUGAUGAAUUUGAUGAUUAUCGUGAAUUGGAAAUUUCACAGUUGAAGAACACUCCAGAAAUCAAGCAAUUGUUAGCUGAUUCGAGAUUAAUCUUGACUUCAGCUUACAAGAUAGUCAAUAGUGAAUUGGGCGAUGAGAAUGAUCCUGUCUUGGUUCAACAAGUGAAUGAGUUGUUGAAUCAAUUGGGUGGGCCAAUAAUGAGUGAGUUGAUGCCAAAAAGAGAAAAUCUAGAUGAUGAAGACGUUGAUUGGGAGGCAGAAAUUGUCUCUGGAGAUGAAGAGUAA